AUGCGAGCCUCAUUGCGCCUGUUGAACCUGGAGGUUCCGUCCCUCCAGGGCUCUCGCACCCGUUAUGUCUGCUCCGUGUGCAGACACGAAGCCCUCCCUCGCCCAUUGGUCGCCCGUCAAUUCCUGCGCAAUGCGUCGUCCUACAACACCCCCCUCACCGAGCGAGUGCGCCGGAAGCUCUGGGGUACGGACAACCCGCCCGGUCUGAAGGAUCCGUAUGGAGGCGAGGGAGUCCUCGAGCGGAAGUUCAAGAAGUCCCAGCCCGAGGGACAGAACGAUUCGGUCGCCGAGACCAACCCCCAGGCCAGUGAAGCUGUCGAGGACGCCGCCGCUGGAGACGCAUACGAGCCGGCUACUACGUGGGAAGGAAUCCCUCAUAUUGGACAUUUGGGCGAAUGGACAGAUCUUCCUCCUUCGGAGGCUGAUGGCUAUGACUCAUUCAUGGUCAAGAAGAAACUCACCCGGAAGCUUCACCUGAAUCUGGCCGCCCAGCAGGCCGCGGUUGAGAUUUGCGUGCUGCACUCGUUGAACAAGCCGUUGACAAACAUUUGCGAAGUUUUUGAGCACGAAAAGUCCGUUUACGAGUUGAUCAGAAAGUGCGAGAUCAAGUCGACUGAAACCGGCCAAUUGAAGGAAGCCCUGGUCUACCCCGACCAGGAGACACAGAACGCUCUCGAGUACAUCUUCCAACAGCUUGGAGGCCAGACCGAGGCUGCCGCCGUGGAGCAGGAAUCUGCUGAGGCCGAGGAGGCCACGGAAGUUGAGGAGGGUGUUUCUCAAGGACCGACAUCGCGGAGACGAAACCCGCCUUUUUGGAACUAUGGUCAUUUGAAAAACAAGGGCUACUUGGAGUUGUCUUUGAAUGACCCCAUGACCAAGUUUGCUUUCCUGAAGCGAUUCUCCCAGCUGAGCGGCCACUACUUCUCAGACCCCACUGUUCAUUCCAUCUCGUCGGUGAAGGAAGUCCUGCGACACCUCCAGAAGGCGCUGAACCCGAAGCCCACAAAGGUGGCUGAGCAUCUUGCGGGUAGCCAUCGUGUCCAGACCCUACCCAAUGUCAAGGUUUUCGCGAAGAGACAGAAGCGAUGUGACCGGGAUCAGGAGUUGGGUCGGAAGAAGCUGAUUACCCAUGAGCUCUACGAGAGGGGACUUAUUUAA